CCCUGGCGGCGCAGGCGGGUAGCGGGCGCGGUGGCCGAGUCGGUGCGGGUGCGGGCAGCGCAUUGCGGGCAGGACCAGCAGCAGGGACAGCGGCAGCCCGGCUCCAGACCUGCCCGUGCCCUGCCCCGGUGCGGGCCGCGAGGAACGUCUGCCGCACCUCCUGCCUGCCUCGGUGGCUGUCGCUGUCUCGGAGAGCGCGGCACAGGCCCCGGUGCAGCAGCCCGGCCCCGGGAGCUCCGGGCCUUGGCGGUGGGAGAGCGGCUGCGUCCGCGCCCGGACACCGCCCGAGGGCUGCUCUGAACGUGCCCCUUCCCCCGGUCCCGAGCCCCGGCGCUGCGCGUUGGCCGCGGCCGGGUCCCGGCUGCUCCUGGCCGCACGGUUUCCCGGCGCUGCCGCCCGGGCUCAGCCCACCGGGCCCCGGGGGCCGCCCCGAGCACCGCCCGCCGCCGCGUUUCCGGGGCGGGCGAGGGGUUUCCUGCGCGGAGGCUGCGGCAGCGGCGGCCCAGGUUGUGCCCCCGGCCCGGCCCGGCCCGCCGCCGGGAUGAUCAACGCCAUCCUGGUGUUCAACAACCACGGGAAGCCGCGGCUCGUCCGCUUCUACCAGCACCUGGCGGAGGAGGUCCAGCAGCAGAUCAUCCGAGAGACUUUCCACCUGGUGCUGAAGCGGGACGACCACAUCUGCAACUUCCUGGAGUGCGGCAGCCUGUUUGGUGGCUCGGACUACAAGCUGAUAUACCGGCACUACGCCACGCUGUAUUUCGUGUUCUGUGUGGACUCCUCGGAGAGUGAGCUGGGCAUCCUGGACCUCAUCCAGGUGUUUGUGGAGACGCUGGACAAGUGUUUUGAGAAUGUCUGCGAGCUGGACCUCAUCUUCCACAUGGACAAGCAGGUCCACCACAUCCUGCAGGAGGUGGUGAUUGGCGGGAUGGUGCUGGAGACCAACAUGAACGAGAUCGUGGCGCAAGUGGAAGCGCAGAGCAAGCUGGAGAAGGCGGAGGGAGGCCUCUCAGCUGCUCCUUCCCGUGCCGUGUCGGCUGUGAAGAACAUCAACCUGCCUGAGAUCCCCCGCAACAUCAACAUCGGAGACAUCAACAUCAAAGUGCCCAACCUGUCGCAGUUCAUGUGAACGUCCUUCAGUGGGGGCUGCCCUCGCCUGCUGACCAUGGCCGGGGCUGGCUGGGGACAGGCGCUGGGCUCUGUGGGGCUACCCCACCAGGCCUUUGUCCCUGUGGCACACGGUGGGUCUGGGGUUCCUGCGGGGGACGGGCUGGCUGCAGCAGUGGGAAGGGCAACGGGGCUCAGCGGGAGCGCGGUGCUGCUGCCUGCCUAGCCAUCCCCUUGGGCCUGGGCUCUGUUCUGGUGGCCUUUUGUCCCCCCCCCCCCCCCCGGGUGCACAGCCUCUCCCCUUGCUGUGGGAGGAAGAGCCAGGUCCUGCCUCUCCCAGCACUUCUUGGAAUGUGGAAAUGCACCUGUAGCUGGUGGCUCUCGGUGGAGCAGUGGCUUGUCCACUCCUCAGCCUCCCGGGGCUGGGCUGUCCCGUGCCCUGCGUCCCUGCGCCUGCCCCGGCUCUGACACCCCAGGCUGGGGGGAGGACCCACAGGGCUGGGGCUGCUCGUGCGAGCUGCUGCGAGCUCAGAGCCAGGCAGGGACCAGGCUGGUGGGUCCCUGUGUCCUAAUAAACCAUGGUCUGAACUUGA